AUGAUACUGUGGCCGAUUAUUUGCAUACUAUAUGGAUUUCAAACAGUGUGGUGUAUUUCUGCCAGCCAAGCUCCUGGUGACAUCACGGUCAUGUUCAUAAGUCCGACCACUGUCAAAGUAUCUUGGAAAAUAUCACUAAUAGGUAUUGAAAAAUAUGACGUCAUGUACAAACCAACCAACGCCAGUUACAGGGUAGUAGCGGAGAUAGCGGUCAACUCCGAUUCCGUGACACUCGGUAACUUGAUGCCAAAUACACAAUACCAAGUAACUGUGACAGCGUUCAAAGCAGGUCGCCGAUUCCGUAGCAGACCAGUAAUAUUUAAAACACUUGAUAAAGGUGUGUCGUGGCCAGAUAUUCAACAUUCACAGAUGAAUACUAGUGGUGAUGUUGAUAUAUCACCACCGGAUGUUGUAGGUGGUGUUGGACAUUCAGUACCACCAGAAGGUUCUACUUCGCCUCCUUAUGUACAGGUGCGAGGAAUCGAAAUUACUAUUGUAGUGCUGGUCUUAAUGGUCUGGGUCGGCGCUAUAAUAAUGUUUUUCAACCGAUGGGGUAAAAUUAGGAUGCUUAUACCAUAUCAACCAGACUAUAAAGACACGCAACUCAAAGUGCCCGGAACAGGUGCAUGUAAUACCACCAACUCGUGCCAAAACCCAACAGGACCAAGUUUUUGUUGUUCGCAGAGACACCUGAUGCGCUGCGGCCUGGCCGAUCCGCUGGACUGGCGCGUCCGGAACCUGUUGCGGUCCCGGUCCCGCGUCAACUCGGCCAUCUACAUCAGUCCCGUCUACCAGGACGCGCACGUCCGAAACGGCAUUUCGGUAAGGCCGAUUCGGAAGGCCCAGAGCGCGGACUUCCUGCCCAAGUACGACUACAGCGGCUGGGCCAACUACCAGCAGUUCUCGUUGCCGCUGUCCUCCGGUCGCGGCGGCGGCGGCGUCUGUGGCGGCGGAGUCUGUGCCAGUGGCGUCUGCGCCAACGUCAUCAGCGUAGGCGGCGUCUGUGCCAGUGGCGUCUGCGCCAACGUCGUCAGUGCCGGCGGCGUCGAGAGCACCGUCCACCAGCGGCACAUGAAACAAUUCCAACUGCCCACCGUUUCCAUAUCCAUCGCGUCUGACUCGGAUAAGGCGCUCAACGAACUGCUCAUCUAA